UGCGCUCCGUCGUUGGUUUGGCUCAGUAACGCCCAAGUGGCAGCGGGCACGUGGAAAUGAAGGCGAUGUUUACUCUCGCACCGCGUCGAUGCGAACCCAUGUUGUACGUGGUAGCCACACUCUUCGUCCAUGCGAAGCGACUCGCUGAGCGGGCAGCGAGCCGUGCACGCAGCAGCGAACAGCACGCAUGUAUGUACAGUCACAGUUGUGAAGGGGUUUACAUCGUCUUGUCGUGGCGCCGUGUGCUGCAGCAGGACGAAGAUGGGCGGGCCGGUGAAGAGUGAAGAGUGCAGUGGCGGUAUGAAGAAGGAGUAAGUGACAGACUGUGAC